UCCCUCCAUCGUUGGAUUUUCGCGGCCCACGUCUGUGCUCUGGCCAGAGUGCAGUACUAUAGUAGUACCGCAGCGUCGUCAGCGCGUGUUGGAACAAGGCCUGCGAACACACACUCCUAACUAACAAAUCGACCGAGUAGCACGCGCUGUUUUUUCGCAUCGCUAUUCUCUUGAUCCGCUUACGGUCAAGUCUAUUUAUGGCCUGCCAUAAGACGAUCGACGGCAGUGUCCGUAACUGAACGUUCCGAUCGACGUCCGCGAGUGAUAUAUUAUUGGCCAUUUUUUUUUUUUUUAGUGUUGACACUUGCUAUUAAAAAAACAUCCAAGAGUCCGCUUUCCAAUCGAGGGAACAUAUCAUCAUGGGUCGCAAAAUUCCACUGAGCAACUCGUGUAUGGGUUUUUCACUGAAGACUGGUGCCAUCACCAGUGGCGUUUAUGGCAUUGUGAUUGCCAUAAUUACUUUAAUAGUUAUUUUGGUAAAUGAAGACUUAAGAAUACAGACUAUUAUCGUAGAUUUUCUACCAAAGAGUGUUGUAAGAAUUAUAGUUGCAAUUAAUCUUAUUAUGACAAUAGUUAUCUGUUCUAUACUAUUAGCAGGAGUAUUCAUGAGAAAGAAAAUAUUAAUGCUACCUUGGAUUGUUUUAACUAUUUUAUUGUGUAUUGGACUAGUUAUAUCCAUUCUCUACACAGCAAUAGAUUACUUGAUUCAUUCAUAUUACAUCACUAGUGUUCUUGUUUUAGUAAUUGGUUUACUUUUUGUCUGUCUCUAUGUAUAUAUGUGGUGGGUAACUUACAGUUAUUACCAACAAAUCAAAGAAGAAGAUAACAGAACACCUUAUACAAGAACACCUUAUUAUGGUUAAGAAUUUAAUGUUUGUUAAAAGUUAAUUUGUCAAUAAUUUAAUAG